AUGUUGACCCUCGUUCUCUCCGGCUUCAUUGCACUUGCUCAAGCUGCUCCUGCCCAAAAAGUUGCAUCACCCAAUGGCGCGGCGAAUAUACCCGCCAACCUGUUGCGCGACCUCCAUACCGCUAAAGAAUUCGCCAACCACGUAUCUGGCCCUCAAAACUUUCUCUCUAACUGGACUGCCGAGGGCUCUAAUUUGUGUAAUUGGAAUGGCUUUUAUUGCGAUAUCGUGCCCGAUACCAAUGCCACGGGCCUCGCUUCCAUUGAUUUCAAUCAGUUCGGCCUGACCGGCAACCUGAAACUGACCGGAUUUAUCGACAAGCUUCCUGACCUGGCUCUUCUCCACAUCAAUGGCAACAGUUUCAGCGGCGAUGUCCCUGAUUUUAGCGGGCUGCGAUAUCUCUACGAGAUUGACUUGAGCGACAAUAAAUUCUCUGGACCUUUCCCCCAGAGUGUACUGAAGAUCAACCAACUAACGUUCCUCGAUCUCCGAUUCAACCAGUUCUACGGCCCCAUCCCCGACAAUGUCUUCACCGCCUACCCUUCCCUGGAAGCCCUCUUCUUGAACGAUAACAAGUUCUCAGGCCGAAUUCCCAACACUAUUGGCUCUUUCGCAGGCGAAUACCUUGUUCUUGCCAACAACAACCUCUCGGGUUCCAUCCGUGAUUCCUUGGCCUCUGCGAAUCCACUCAAGGAAUUCAUAGCUUCUGGAAACCAGUUGUCCGGAUCCAUCCCUGGUGCCAUCGGUCGCCUCCCCAACCUUCAUCUCUUCGAUGUCUCCAACAACAAGCUGACUGGCACUGUUCCCGAGGAGCUCUGCGCCAGCAAGUCCCUCACAAGUAUCGUGCUGACUGGUAACAAACUUUCCAAAAACCUUGGUCCCAUCUGUCAGGCGUCCAAGGCCAAGGGCAUUUUGCAGAUUUAG